UGUUCUAUCGCUGUUAUGUUUUUAUAUUCUUCGUACGUGUUUAUUGUGAACAAUUUUCCUAAAUUCACUUCACUGAUUUGCAAAAGGAGCUGAGGCAAUUAAAAACUAAUUAGUUAUAAAAGUUUCGACUGAAUGUGAAAUCAAAACAUUAAUAGUCGGUAGAAACAAAGCAAAAUAGCUUUAUUACAACAUUCCCAGCAUAAAUCUGGCGCAUUCCAGCAACAGUAUGCGACGGAACAAUUAUCCCUACCAACCACUUAAUCAGACAACAGGGCAGAGCGCGCUGCCACACGAUGCUCUUGAAGAAGAGAACGAGCGCGCUGCAGAAGAUCUAAAACAUAAGAUCGGAGCGUUAAAAUCACUCACUAUAGAUAUUGGAAAUGAGGUGCGUUACCAGGACAAGCUAUUGCGCGGUAUUGAUGAUGAUAUGGAUCGGACGGGUGGCUUCCUUGGCAACACAAUGGCGCGUGUGGUACGACUGGGGAAGAAUGGAGGCAGUCGCCACAUGUGCUACAUGUUUCUAUUCAUACUGUUCGUAUUUUUAGUACUUUAUGUUGUUAUUAAAAUUAAGUGAAUACAUCGCUAGAGGCGAAAUGGUGUAAAGAAAAUUAGUUAAAAAAAAAUUAACCGCAACCGAGAUCAGUUCUCUUCAAACUGUUUGUUACAUGCAGAUUGAAAAAAUUGAUAAAACGCAUGAAGUGAUAAUUUCACAAGAUUGCGAAUAUAAACGAAUAAACUAUUUUUGUAAACAUAAAAAAUA